GACUGAUUAUGCCUCACGUUUCGGCUAAUCUAUGACGGAGUCUGGAGAAUUUGUCAUCGGACAAACAAUGGCUUCCACUUUGGUGUUCUUGGAACCCAUUCGGCUGCAAAUAUUUGCAUAACUCAUUAGGAGAGAUGUUCAAGAUAGGAGUCUAUGGCUAAGCAGUUUUCAGUUGGUCGCGAUCCCAAAAGGCGAAAAUAUUGUAAUUAGUUUUCGGGGAGCGGAGCGGAAAUAAUGCCAAAUCGGUAGUUAGCUGCUUGUCUUUACUGCUCAGUCUUUUGGAAAGAUGUUGAUAAUAUGUUAAGAGCGGAGGUGGUUUGUUCUACUAUUGGGAAGUAUACUAUUCCUUAUUGUUGCUACUUGGUUUUCUUAUUUUAUUUAUAGUUUGCCAUCAAACGAGUAUAAACGAUGUUUGCAAAAUAAUAGUAUUUAAGUUCUUAAAAUAAAACCUAUGCUUAUCUUUUGUUUUAUUACCUGAAUUUUAAGUUCUUUUAUUGGGCGAAGAAAUAGGAGUUAAAAUGGCAAACGUUUAACUUUUCUAUGAAACUUUUUGGAAUUACCCGAACAUAGAGAAAUUAAAUACUAACAAAUGUAAAACUUUAAAUCCAAAAACUUAUGUUGGCAAUCCUGAAUUUAGUUUUAAGUAUCGAUAAAAGUUAUUAGCUUCCGCAACUGUAUUUUCAUAAAGCGUUUUGCAGCACUGUUGUUUUUCUGACAGCUUUCUAACAAAUUUCUCCAUCCAUUUUUCAAUCAUGAAUUCAUACGAGGAGGUCUUGUUCAAAGUGCUUGACAAUUUGCUGGCGGAGAAGAACUGCGAGGUGAAGGACGAGCUGUUACGUCACUCGAUGGUGGAUCUACUUCGCAACAGAUUCCGUGAGAUUGCAGUUGGGACCUCCAAUGGGGCCAAUCACGCCGGUCGCAGUGCGCCCAGCUACUUUGAUCUGGAGCGCACCUUUGGCCUGAUGGGCAUCAAGGUGGGCGACCUCAAGGCCAUUUGCCAAGGUCAUUUGGCAGAGGCGGAGCCACUGCUCGAGUGUCCAGUGCCGCAGACACUCGACGAGGAUUUCCACAAGGGGCCACAACCGAUGCUGAGCGGCACAAAGGCCCGGGAAAUGGGCUGCAACUCCCAUAUUCCCGACUAUUUUCCACCAUUUCCCGGGGCGCACACCUACAAGAACACGGUUAUGGAGCAGGUGACGGACAGGAGCUAUGUGGCCGUGAGGAAUCGUCAUGCCGAGAAUCAAUUAAAUACCAAAAAGGCCCUGAAUGGCUUCUACUUGGGCUGCAGUCCAAAUGCAUCGCUUUUUGAAAAUUCCAAACCCGACGACAGCUGUAGGCUUUUAAAUGUGGGUCCGCCCAAGAAACCUGCCUAUUUGGAUGCUCUGAUGCCACGCAGUCAGGUCUUUGAAAUGGACAUUUACGAGACCAAGGAGGAGAUAACCCAUGCAGCCCUCGUCUGUCCCUUUCUGAUGGAGCCGAAGGAGCAGAGUUCACGCCAAUCCACUGGAAAUUGCGGAGUCGAAGAUGUGGAGAUGCAGGAGCCAUGCAGCAAUGUGGAGCUGGACUCGGACUCCGAUGGGGAGGAGCCGGGGGAGGUCCUUGCAGGAGUGGGGGCCGAGAAGGCCAUUCAGGAGAUUAACUGGUCACAGCCGGACUGAAAACUGAAAGCUGAAAAACCGAAUUAAACUGCAGCUCAGGAAGAGCUGAAAAGCACACGAAAUGUUUCCAUUACAGAACGGAGCGGAUGCACGUGAAAAGUGUGAGAAAAAUUAAUUUAUUACAAUUACUUUUCAUUAAGGACUGCCACACGUUGCCCUGCCAACAAGCGAUGCAAGAGAUUGGGGGGGGCAGAGUUCGAAGGAGCAGAUGCUACUCCUGCUGACUCCUGCCGACUCCUGCCGACUUCUUCCGACUCCUGCUGCUCGUUCCCGACCGGUUGCGAUUCGAAAGUAUUAAAUAACUUUGUAAUUUAAUUAACUUUGACGUCGACUUCGUCUGCGCUGCUGCGCCGCUUAACUUUGAUUAACGUUUGCCAUUUUUCAACAAGUUUCGACCGAACUUCGACGACACACCUGAGUGGCAGUCCGGAGCCAAAGGAUUGUGACUGUGAUUUCUUCGUCGAGCUCGGAUUACAGGGGAUUGGCAGCGUCUGUUUUUCGCUCCUCUCAUCUUCCGCCAGUUAUUUGAAAUUUUAUCUGGCGAAUGGAAGGGGCUUUUUUGGGCUGCGAGUAUUGAAUGCAAUUAGAGAUGGUUGGAUUGGGGUGAGGGGCAGAAUCUUUCAGGAUGACAAGCUAAUAUUUCCAGGGAACGAGCAUAAUCACUAAAAAAAAGCUAAUUACAAAGGAUGAGUCAGAGUCCUGGCGUUAAUCAAUAUAGCGGUGGUCGUUUUCAAUCCGUCAGUUUUAUUUUACCAUUAAAAAGUAUUUACUGAAAUAAUGUUUAGCUCUUGGGUUUUAUAUGCCAAUUGAAAUAAAACGCUUGUCUCUGAGCAUUUUUUAUUGGCUUACAAAUAACCGUAGUUUGAGGUGAUUUAGCUUGUCAUAAAAACCACAUUUACUGCUCAAAAUUUAUUAUUUCAAUGUUUUACAAAACAGG